AUGAAGAACGACUCCUCAACAUCUGCAGCCCCCCUCAGGGGCCUCGGGGGUCCCCUACGGAGCAGCGAGCCGGUGCACACCGCCCCAGCUCCGUUGCGAGCUGUGGUUCUACUGGAAGAGGCGGCCGACUUCUUGGUGGUGCACCUGGACUUCCGGGCGGCGCUGGAAACCUGUGAGCGGGCCUGGCGGAGCCUCGCUUCCGAUGCCCCGGCCGAGGAGCACGCCGGCACCUCCUUGGAAGUGAAAUGUUCCCUGUGUGUUGUGGGGAUCCAGGCCUUGGCAGAAAUGGAUCGGUGGCAAGAAGUCCUCCGCUGGGUCCGUCAGUAUUACCAGGUCCCUGAAAAGCUACCCCCCAAAGUCUUGGAGCUGUGUAUUCUUUUAUACAGCAAAAUGGAAGAGCCUGGAGCCAUGCUGGAUGUGGUCAGGGCCUGGCUCAAAGACCCAGACAAUCAGAACCUUCCAGAAUACAGAGCCUUGGCAGUUCUUCACCUGCAGCAGGUACUGUUGCCUCUGGGCCAUUUGUCAGAGGCUGAGGAGCUAGUGGCGGGCUCUACGGCUUUUGAUGAAGAGCAGCGUCGGGAUGCACUCCAGAUCAUUUGCAUGGCCAGGCAACAGCAGAAAUGUGAACAUUCACGCUCUGAGGAGGCCCAGAAGCCAAACCAGUCAGAGUCCUUGUCCCACAAGUUCCUGUCACUACUGAUGUUGCUUCGCCGGCUUUGGGAUUCUGCAGUGAGCCACGUCUCUUCACUGCCCUUGAAAAAGAGCCUCCUGGCUGCCCUGAUCCUCUGCCUCUUGGUGGUGAGGUUUGACCCAGCCUCUCCUUGUUUCCUGCCCUUCCUCUACAAGCUGGCUCAGAUCUUCCAUCGGAUCCGGGAGGCCUUGUUUUCUCCCUUCUACCAGCUCCCUGUCCAGGACUGA